AUGCAUAUUCAGAGCAUCCCCAUGUGGGUUGGUUCGUCCAACAACUACGCAUAUCUAGUUAGCGAUGACGAGUCGAAAGAUGCCGUCAUCAUUGAUCCAGCAAAUCCGCCAGAGGUCAUCCCCGUCCUCAACGAGACAUCAAGUACUCUGAAUCUCACCGCUAUAAUGAACACUCACCACCACUGGGACCACGCAGGCGGGAACACCAGGAUCCUGACUUCUCUGCCCUCACCUGUUCCCAUCAUCGGUGGAAAAGAUUGCGAGGGUGUGACGAGAACACCUUCGCAUGGAAGUAAAUUCAAGAUUGGAAAGAAUAUUGAAGUCAAAGCCCUACAUACUCCAUGCCACACACAGGACAGUAUCUGCUGGUUCUUCGAGGACAUAGCCAGCAACGAGCGGGUCGUCUUCACCGGAGAUACGCUGUUCAUCGGUGGAUGUGGUAAAUUCUUCGAAGGCACGGGCGAAGAGAUGGAGAAGGCCUUGAAUCAAGUUCUCGCCGCGCUCCCGGACGAUACGAAGAUUUUCCCAGGACACGAGUAUACGAAGUCUAACGUCAAAUUCUUGAAGAAAGUUGCGGGAGAUAACAAAGCAGUACAGGCCUUGGAGACAUUCGCAGAUGAAAAUCAGCAAACUCAAGGCCAGUUUACGAUCAAGCAGGAGAAAGCACAUAACGUUUUUAUGCGUACCGGCUCGGAAGAAAUGAAAAAGGUCACAGGUGAGACGGACCCGGUCAAAGUAAUGGCCAAGCUGCGUGAGAUGAAAAAUGCUGGCUGA